AUGGAAGUCUCUGAGACGAUAUUCCAACGACUCUAUCUUAUCUACAUGCCGAUCUGUGUUCUCGUUGGAUCUACUGGGAACAUCAUGGUGUGGAUUUUGAUCAAUAAUUUUAAUUAUUUUCAUUUCAGAAGCAACCGUAUGCUGUCGAAACUUCCAACAAACACCUAUCUGCUAUGUCUAGCCGCUAUGAGCUCUUUGUUCCUUUGUACAUUGUUCGUAUUUUGGCUAGAGGAAAUGUCUUAUCUUUAUUUCGAGGACAACUUGAUCGGGCUUGAAUUCCGUAAUCUCAGCUGUAAAGUAAACCAAUUUUUCGCUCACGUAUGCGAUUUCUCCAGUGUAUGGCUAAUUGUGCUGGUUUGCUGUGAGAGGCUUUUGCUUCUUCAUCGAAAUCGACGAACUCUGACCACGGAAAAGGCCUGUGCUCAAGUUAUCAUACUGAUCAUCGUGGCUAUGAUCUUCAAUUCAUGGAUCCUUUAUGUGGCUUCAAUUCAACAAGGAGUUUGUGAUAUCGAUCCCGAUUUCGAUAGGGUCUAUCACGUUAUGACAGUCAUUGAGACGAUCAUCUGCAUGUUUGUGCCUUCACUGAUCAUUUUCACUUCAAAUGUGUUCGUCAUAUGGAAACUUAAUGCUCACAUCAAGUCUGAGAUAUACCGACGUGCAGUUGACCCGAUCCCUGAUGGUCUGAGAUAUACCGACGUGCAGUUGACCCGAUCCCUGAUGGUAGUUACAUGGGUGUUCAUUGUGCUCAACAUGCCCAAUUACGUCUAUCGUAUGGCGACGAACAUUUUGGGCUUUGAUAAUCAGACUGUCAUCAUGCAAAACCUCUCACUUGUGGCGCAUUUCUUACUCUACACACAUCAUGCGGUACUCUUCUACCUGUACAUCUUCUACAGUCCUCAAAUGAAACGACGUCUCCGACCAACGGCUAUGAAACUUCUUGAAUGUUACUGCUUCAAACCAGACGGUGACUAUGGAGACCACUCUUAG